CAUCGCCGGUUCUCUGGAUCAUGCUGUUGGGAGUCUCCGGCAAGAAGAGCGAACCGAGUAUGAGAAUGGAAGCGGGAACAGUAGCCAUGGCUGAGGAGAUUCUUGUUUGACCCGAGACAAGGAUCAGUGGCACUUCGGUGUGGUUGAUGAGAUUCGCCGUUAGGGCUCCGAUUCCGAUGCUGAGUUGGAAACCGGUGUUGAAUGCUCCUCUGUACCUCGUCGGAGCCAUCUCCAAGAGAUACAAAGGGACUGAUUGCAAGAACAAAGCUGAGGGAAGCAUGACGAUGAAACCAUGAAAAUCGUGCAUCAAAGUUUAUCAGAGUAUAAUGUAUAUGAGGUGUAAACCUCAUAAUGAAACAGAAGCUUUGUAUUCGAAACUCUGUAUUUAAACUCAACUCCCUGUACAUUUUUUGGUAACAGAGUAAAUACAACUUGUAUUUUCUCUCUCUACAUGUUCUCUCUCUAUAACAAAUGCUCUCUUUCUCAAUCAUACUUUUGGCAAUCUGAUAUGGUAUCAGAGCAGUGAAAUUGCUCCGCACCGAUCUUUCUUGAUCUUUUCCAGAUUAGUUUUUUUUGUUUCAUCAUCUUCAGUUCUCUGCGAUUUCGUCAGUCUUGAAGAAUUUCAUCCAUGGAAGAACCUUUCGAAGAUCUUGAAGAAUUUCCUGAGGUACCUACCACCAAUCACUAUUAUCUCGGGUCGAGUGAUCAUACAAAUGUCAUUCUUGUUUCGGAUAGAUUUAAUGGACCAGAGGAGUUCAGUUCUUGGUAUCGCUCUGUUUCAAUGGCAUUAGAAGGAAGAAACAAAUUGUGUUUUGUCGAUGGAUCCUUACCUAGACCACUUGAGAAUCAUCCAAAUUCUAGGUUAUGGUCUCGGAACAAUGCAGUAGUUAGUUCUUGGUUGAUGCACUCAGUCUCGAAGACGAUUGCACCAAGUUUACUCCAUAUCUCUACAGCACGAGGUAUCUGGAAUAAUCUGAUUCGACGUUUUAAACAAAAUCAUGUUCCUCGAAGAUAUAGCAUUAGACAGCUACUCCGAUCUUUGUGUCAAGGAUCGUCGGAUGUUAGUACAUACUACACGAAGUUGUUUACCCUAUGGGAAGAAUUGAAAUCAGUGAAGAGCACACCAAAAUGUACUUGUGGAGGAUGCAAUUGUGAACUUGAUCAGAAGUGGUAUGAUCAUCAUGAAGAAGACUUUGUCAUUGAGUUUCUCUUUGGCCUCAAUGAUUCAUAUGAAUCUAUAAGAGGACAAAUCAUCAUGCUAGAUCCUUUACCUGAUCUGGAGAAGACCUACAAUCUGAUUAUACAACACGAGCAACAGAGAAUGAUCAAGAUUCCGAAUGUUAAUGAUUCCCAUGUCUUUCAAGCUUCAGUAAAUCCUGCUGAGAAUGUUGUUGCAGCAGUUUCUGGGGGAAAUUUCAGACCAAGACAGAGACCUCUAUGUACUCACUAUAGACUUUAUGGACACAUGGUAAAGAAGUGUUACAAAUUACAUGGAUAUCCACCGGGUUAUAAACAAACGGCUCCAGUAGUAAUGCCAAGACCACCAGCGUCUAGACCUCCUUUUCAGCCACAAUCUAUCAGGCCAUAUACAUAUCAGUCUCCACACCUCAAUAUCGACCUCAAUAUCAGAAGCCUGUUGUUGCAUCAGUUCAGACUAUGCAUGUUGUUGCAGAUUCGAGCAGAAGCCAACUUUCUCCUAUAUCAGAAUUACCAGCAGACCAAAUUCGUCAACUAUAUGAACAACUUUCUGACAAAAUGGCAUAUGUGAAUGCGACCAUCACUGCUGAUGGAGCAGCAGAACUACAACCCUCUUCGUUUGGUAUGCUUUCUACUCAUAUAUGUUCCAGUUCUUUACACGCAAAUUUUAUGCCUGCUGGUAAAUGGAUUGUCGAUUCUGGAGCUUCGACACAUGUUUGUGCGAAUAGGGAUUUAUUCUUGGAUCUUUGUACUAUUUCUUGCCAUUGUUUACGAUUGUUCACGUGCCA